UCAACAUUAUCUGUCAAUGAAAAUGUAACUCAAUCCACCACCUACGUUAUCCCAAAACUACACCACAAUAUAUAAACUGUACAAAACAUGAAUGCUUUUAAUCCUAAUAGUGCCCCUCCUUUUUCGAAAAUCUCUAUAUAUUUUACUUUUAUAUCUUCUACGAAGAUUUCGCUGUUACAAUGAUAAGCGUUUGCAACGUGAACAUGUAGUGUGCACGAGAACAGCGAAAAGCACAAAUUACCGCACGCGCAGGCCUCGGCAGCGCCUAGCACGGCCUAGCAUAUGAUAUGGGCGCUGCACUAGGCGGCCGGCCUGGCCCGGCUGCCCCGGCGCGGCGCGGCCGGUGCAGGUGAUGAGGUCGAGGAGCUGCGUCGCGCCUAAAACCAGUGCAGCCGACCGAAUACGACGCCUUCCGCCCGUGAGUGGAAAGUUUCUUGAAAGUUUCCUGAAACUGUAAAUAGUACGACAGAUGGUGGACUGUACUCACUAAGAAGAAGAAGAAGAACUUUAAGUUUUGGAUAUAUUUCUAGCAACUUAACGAUGAAAAGAAGAAAGCCAGAGGAGGUAGCGAAGCACUACAUUAGUUGUGGCCAGGACCCAGACUGGAUCCAACAAAAAUGGGUGAACAAGGAAAAAGCCGGAUCAUCUGUUGGUGUACCAACCCUUGGACCUCUUUCUCCUAGAGUCCCACAGAGUCCCACUAAGGAACGCCUUGAUCCUCAAAAUUCAUCACGAUGUAAUGAUGGAGCUGGAUCAUCUGGUGGUGUAUCAGCCCCUGGACCUCUUUGUCCUCCUAGGAAAAAUCCUACCCUGGUACCCCUCAAUCGUCAGGAAGAUUCAUCAAGAGAACGGAGGUACACGAGAUGGGAGUCUGGGGAAACGGCUCAACUAAAAGAGUUCUUCAAAGAAUACUUCACAUCAACUCAAACAAAACUUCCAUCAAGAGCAGAAAUUAGAAAAUUCAAAAUGAGAUUUCCAGCCUUCAGACAUGAUGUAAGGACCAUAGCAACCAAGGUCAUGAACGAGGUGCGGAAGACCGAACGACUGACAGAGGAAAGAGUCAAACGACUUGGGAUAAGAUAAUGAGGUGAUGGGCUAACAGGUUAAUCGGGACAUUUCUGGUAACAGUAACACGCAUCUUUUAGGAUAGAUUCAGGAUUGUGCUUAGAAUAAAAUAAACUUACAGUCUUCAUAAAUCCCUUUUGAGUGUUUUCAACAAUCCAAUUAGUGAAGUCUUUCUAUAUGAGCUCACCUGAGCCGAAGGCUUAUAACUGCACAGAUGCUCGUCCCUGCAAAAACUGUCGCCUCAUGGGCAACAGAGCAUGCGGA